GACCCACGUGCCAUCGAGUUAGAUUUGUGUAUGUUGAUGGUUAAGGUCGAUGUGUAGGGUAGUUUUGCUUGUACGCAUACUGAAUAUGGUGUAAUUGCCAUUAUUACCAAGUGUUUCAUGUAGUAAAUUUAUUAGUAAUAACUUGUACAUAAAUUUUCAUUAUAACUGAAACCUUCUGUUAUUGUGUGAGGUUAUGUUUAAUAAGUUGGAUAGCACAAGUAAUUAAGCAAAGGGAGUGGUUGUACAUUGGUUCCAAUAUUGCUGUAGAGUUUUGAAGGAUGGGAAAAAAGAAGGGACGUAGUGUGAAAAACAACAUCCAGGCAAACACAGAAGAACCAGAGGAACUGAAACGAGCUCCUCAUUCAUUUGUUAUCCACCGUGGCAUUAUUGGUGGAGAUGUUAUAGAGCUUACAAAAGAUUUUAGAAAAGUAAUGGAACCAUUCACAGCCUCAUCUCUAAAAUCACGGAAGAACAAUGUUAUUAAGGACUUUGUGUCUGUUGCUGGAUUGCUCCAUGUGUCACAUCUAUGCAUCUUCACUAGCACUGAAUUGGCGACUUACUUGAAGAUUUCGCGCCUGCCACAAGGCCCCACGCUCACAUUCUGGGUACACAAUUACUCUCUGGCACGAGAUGUUAUCUCUGCUAAGAAAAAGCAAUAUGUUUUUGAGAAGCUUUAUCAGAAUGCACCACUCAUAGUGAUGAACAGUUUCAGUGGUGAGGGUUUGCACAUGAAGCUGAUGGCAUCCAUGUUCCAGAACAUGUUCCCAACCAUCAACAUUACUAAGGUGAAGCUGAGCAACAUCCGGCGCUGUGUACUCCUGAACUAUAAUGUCAGUUCGAAGAUCAUUGAUUUCCGGCAUUAUGCCAUCAAAGCAGUUCCUGUGGGACUCUCUAAGGGUGUGAAGAAGCUGGUCCAGAGCAAAAUCCCGAAUCUAGGCCAGUUUGAAGAUAUUUCUGACUUCAUCACAAAGUCUGGCCAGCUAUCAGAAAGUGAAGCAGAGGAUGAUCCAGGAAGCCAUGUCACCCUGCCGCAGAAAAUGCCUUCUCGAGGCAACCUUGUCUCCACCCAGUCUGCCCUCCGACUCAUAGAGAUUGGGCCUCGGUUGACAUUACAGCUUAUGAAGAUAGAAGAGGGUUUGCUUAAUGGUGAGGUGUUAUUUCAUGAGAUUAUUGAGAAAACAGAAGAAGAGAAGUUGCUAGUAAAGAAGAAGCGAGAAGGAAAGAGGAAACUCAAAGAAAAACGAAAGAAAAUUCAAGAAGAAAACACCAAAAGGAAAUCACAAAAGAAGGAAGAGCUGAAACAAAAAUCACUGAAAGGGAUGCAUAGAAGGUCAGAGAAUGAAUUAGAAAUGCACAAAGCCCUGGCAGAAUCGAAGGCAGAUGCAGACUCGGGUGAAGAUGAUGAUGAUGACGCUGAAUGGUACAGGAAGGAGGUCGGGCAGGAUCCUCAGAGAGAUCUAUUUGAUUCUGUGUCACAAAGACAAAACAAGAGGAAGCUGUCAUCAAUAAGCUUGGCUCAUAAAAGACAGAAAGUAGAAGGUAAUUUAAAGUACAGAACCAAGAAUGAAAUGAAUUCAACAAUACAGAAUAAGUCAAAAAAUAAACAAAAGUUUUCUAGAGUUGGCACUGUUCAGAAAAACAAGUUCAUCAAGAGAAGUGUGUUUGGUGGUAAAACAUCAAUGAAGAAUAGGCACUGAGCAAAACAUCAAUUUAUAACAUUUGUAAAUCACUUUAAUUGUAUGGCAUAUGGUCAUAUCAAUAAACACUCCUAGAUAAGCAUGUAUUCCAUGUGAA